AUGUACGUCAGCGUGAAGUCGCUGUCCCUGUUCUUCUGUCGGCCGUCCUUGCCAGGUUAUGUGUUCGUCAACUUUCCGGACCCUGCAGCAGCUCAAAACGCCGUUCGAGCUUUUUCCAAUUAUCAUUUCCGUCUUCACGAUAGCAAAAAGGUUGGCAAAGUAUCGCCAGCGCACAUCCAGGGCCUUGAGAACAACCUCAGGCACCUCCAGGAUCGAGCUGUCGUGCUGGGCAACCAUCCUUGCAGCCCCAUAGUAAUGUGGAAGGGACAGAAGGUGGAACUGAGCCUCAUAUUUCAAGAGCUGAGGACCCAGGACACCUUGAGAAAGUUUGAGAGUGGCCACAGCUCCUCUCCUGGCCACAUCCAGGCACAGAGCGACCUCGCCCAGGCCGCAGCCGAAGCCUUGAAGGCCCCAGCACCGGCGAAUGUCGGCGAGACUUUCGCUGCCCUGCUGGACCGCGCGGCGGGGCUUUCUCGAUCGCAAGGUGCAGCGAUGGAUCCUGGCUUAGUGAUGCCCUACAUGCAGCGGGCAGCUCAGGGAAUGCAACAAGGCGGUCAGGGCAUUCUGUCGCCACCUGGAUCCGUUGGGUCGAACUACAGUAUGGUGACGGCACAAGGAGGUGCAUCACCUGCUGCCGCAGCAUACAAUCGCAUGAUGGCAGCUGGAGCUCAAGGCUACAGCCACCCUGGCCUUGGUCAGGCGGUGAAUCUUUUGCAGUCGGCGGUGCCCUGCCAGAGGGCGCCUGCCUCCGACAAGGGGGUCUCAAUGGGCCCACCGCCUGGCCAGUUCUUUGCAAGGAAGCCAGAGCAGCUCACUGCUCCAAGUCCGAGCUCCUUGAAUGCCUCAGCUGCGCCGUGGCCAUCAGCACAGGAGCUGGCUGCCAUCGGACUGGUGGCAGAUCCAAAUCUGUACGGCAUGCUGCAGAACCGGUCAGCAUGCAAUCAAGCCUGGAACGUCGAUGAAGACAUCUUUGGUGGAGAUGACCAAGAUGGCACACCGACGCCGUACGACUCACGAACGCCCGCCGUGGUUUCGCCGCAUUCCUGGUCUGGAUCCCCGACAGCACCACCAGGAUUAGCGCCGCCACCAGCUGGAGCGCAGCAUUUGCAUGACGGUGGUAGCAACAGCCGGCGAAGCAUGCUCUCCCCGCCAUCAAGUGCUUCAGGCAGGCAUGCAUUGAGGCCGGGCUUGCAAUCCGGAUGUCCUUCCACGGCUACGACUUCAGGUAGCGGAUCUCCUGAGUUGACAGCUCCACCAAUCAAGCCGGAGCCACCGGCAGUGAUGUCAAACAUGGCAGCAAGUAAUGCCAUCGGAAUCAAAGAAAUCACCAUGAAGAGUGCGGACCAGAAUUUGUUGGACAAGUUCAUGGCAAAAUUUGGCUCUCCUUGA